AGUUGUCAAAUGUCAUAGUUAAUAUUAUAUAUUUUUGUUGAAAAUUUAGAAGACACUGCCUAUCGUUAAGAGUAUUAUAUUUCUAAAUUGAUUUAAAACAUUUUAUUGAAUAGUAAUCACAAAAAAUAACGUAUCCCAAUAUUAUUGUAUAUGAUAAACAAGUUUUGACACGGUAAAUAGCGGACGUCAUAAGUAAUAAUUUUAAGUCAGUAAUUAGAUUACAGAUUCAAAAUGGAAUCGUCAUACCAGGGAGGUGUAGCGUUCGAAGAUAACGAUAAUUUUCAGCGGCUUUCGCAAACAAUAGCCAGCAAUAUUAAAAAGAUAUCCCAAAAUGUUUCAUCAAUGUCCAAGAUGGUCAACCAGCUGCAGACUCCGCAGGACUCCCAGGAGCUUAGAAACCAAUUGCGCCAAAUACAAAAUUACACUCAGAAGUUGGCAAAAGAUACUUCUUCCAUGAUAAUGGAGCUUAUGAAGCUGAGAACUGAUAUACCGGCGAACAUGCUCACUCGGGAUCGCCUCAGUGAUGAGUACAUGACCACACUGAAUGCAUUCCAGACGACUCAGCGGGCGGCGGCUCAGAAGACGAAAGACGAUGUGCGGAAAGUGAAGGCGCAGACCAUCAACAUCGGCGACCCCUUCGCUAUGGGCGGAGGAGUCAAGGAUGGCGAUCAGGGCGAGACCAUUCGCAAGCAGGAGCAGAUGUCGAUGCAGUCGCAGCGCGAGCUGCAGCAGCUGGAGGAGCGCGAGCGGGACAUACGACAGCUGGAGAACGACAUAAUGGACGUGAACCAGAUCUUCAAGGAGCUCGGCACGAUGAUCCACGAGCAAGGGGCGGUGGUGGAGUCCAUCGAGUCCAAUGUCGAGUGCGCGUCGCACAACGUCGAGGCGGCCGCGCACGAGUUGUCUCAUGCCGCUAACUACAAGAACAAGCUGAGGAAGAAGAAAGUGUACCUGACGCUCAUCCUCAUCAUCAUCAUAUCGAUAAUAUUAAUCAUCAUCUUCCACAACUGAACCGACCAACGCCUCUCGGGACCUCGCGCUUGAUACUAACCCCGACGCCACUCCACGUCACGUGCCGCCGUGCUGUCCGUGCGCUGCACGAGUGUUACCUGUGGCGUGUCGCCGUCAUCGAGUGGUCGCCCAUGUUACGCAUUGAUUACUAAAUUAACGUGAUUAGUUAAAUUGUUAUUACUCACUCGAGUGAAUGUUUAAUCAUUAAAGUGUAAGAUUUAUCUAUAUAAACGAGUUACUGAGUUUGUGUCUGUAUAUAAAUCUAUCAUAAUAUAUAUGAUAUACAUAUAUAUAAUAGCGUUUUUUAAAUUUUAUAUACAAACUUGAUUAUGUUGCAUCUGUAAUCACCUAAUUAAUGAUAUAAUAAGACAAAUUUGUUUGAAUAUGAACAUCGUUUUAUUAAUAAACACGAGUCGCUUGCAACGUUUCGAAAUGCGUCCGAGCACGUGACUCGCCUCCCGAGGGGCGCCGCACGCCGCACGCCGGCCUCGCGGAGUGUGCGACCUCCAUUUGUGUACAUUUAUCUAGUUAAGUGGAAUUCUGUGCAUUGGCGACUUGGCGUUGCGUGAAAUACUAACAGCAUUCGAGUUAUUAUGUAAUAAAUGAUUUAUUAAAUUGUAAUUAAAUGGCAAGUCCAAUAUAUUUUGUAAGUGCGUAUUCUAAGCUAAAUGUAUGUUAUAUGUGUAUAGAAAAGUCUGUCGCUCUCGUCGUAUAAAGAGUACAGCAGAACAGACACCAAUAUGAGAUAUAAAUAAUGUUGUAAACUGCGGGCCCGGCGUGCGGUGGAGGGGACUCGCUCGGCUGGCGUUGCGAAGCGAAAUCUCAUAAUUCCAUUAUUUUAAUUUUAUAUUUAAGAUAAUUGCUUAUGUUUUAUUUGAAUACUGAUAAAAUUUAUAAUUUGAUGUUAACGCGUAGUUCAGUUUCGGAGAACUGAACUGCGCGUAAUUGUAACCGACGGGAGCGAAGCAAGCGAAAUUAUGCGCGUUUAACUGAUUCCGUUCAAAUCAUAUUAACAACAUUGCCUUUCACAGAAUUUAUCUUCCCCGUUACAGUAACGAGAAAUCGUAACACGGAACCCGCCCGUGGCCCGUGUUAUUCGUUUCAGUACCUGCACCUUACAUCGAUUUGAAGUCAUCGCCAGAGAAUCGUAUGCGAUGUGACAUUAUGAAAUUAACUAUUGUUCGUAGGACUUGAAUUAAAUUUAAAUGAAACUAAGCACGCACUGUGUGUGUGUGUGAGUAGUGGAUAUCAUAUAAAAUAUUUGAGUCUAACAUGUCACUCAUAUGUAUGUACAUAUAUUAUAUCUCACUUCGUGACGAGUAGAUUUGUAAUCAAAUAUAUUAUCACGAUUGUGUGAUAAGUCUUGUAGAUAAAUAUCGCUUAAUAUGUAACGUUACUACAUAGCAAUACUAUGAUUAAUGUUUUGAAUUCAAGUUUAAUAGUGUAUUUGAAAAUCUACUAGUGAUGUCGUUGUUAUAAAGUGUUUAGGUGCGCAGUGAGCACUCGGCACGCUCGCUCGGCACUGCGCUCGAUACGUACUUAAGCGAACCCGCUUGCUUCCGCUCUUGUUUGUUCCUCAAUAUAGAACUAGACAUUAGUACUGUAGUCUCGCAUGUAAUACCACAUAAGAAAUAUGUUGAUUGUAACAAUAUACAUUUUUGUAAAGUAUAUUUUAUAAGAUAUCAGUACAAAUAUAUCGAAGCAAUUUUAGAUUUACGACGAGUAGUUCACAAGGUGCCGAAAUAACGUAUUCAUGUCGUCGACCGACAGCCCGCCCGCGCUGGCGGAGCUCGUACGUGCGUUUCGUAUUUUAUUUGUCGCUCCCCGAACACGCCGACAUCUCUACGACGUGUCGAGUCCGCUUCAAUCGGCUCUGUCAAUGAGAUUCAUCAGAGUUCACGUCGAGUCGGAGACCGCCGGGAGGGCGCCGGAUGCCCGUGGAGGCCGGUCUCCUUCACGUUUGUAUGAAAGCGUCGCCGGGGUCGUUAGCUUAAACGUUGAUCGUGAACGUCGUUAUGAUCGAUGUAUACCAUAACCAAGACGCAGUGCUCACUCGCUAGUACUCGCCUAGACGUCGCUAGCUCGUUUCAGAUAUACAUAUUUUUAUAACUAGCAAUAAUAUGUUGAUGUAUCGUGUACACCGAGUGUCGAUAGUUGUGUAGA